GGAAGAUUCGAAGGAAGUUGCAAGAGAAUUGAAUGAGAUGAAAGAAGAAAUACGAAACUCGUUAAGGGCGUUUAAGGAAGAUUCGAAGAAAGAAAUAAGAGAGGAAGUUGCAAGAGAAUUAAAUGAGAUGAAAGAAAUACGAAACUCGUUAAGGGAAGAUUCGAAGGAAGUUGCAAGAGAAUUGAAUGAGAUGAAAGAAGAAAUACGAAACUCGUUAAGGGCGUUUAAGGAAGAUUCGAAGAAAGAAAUAAGAGAGGAAGUUGCAAGAGAAUUAAAUGAGAUGAAAGAAAUACGAAACUCGUUAAGGGAAGAUUCGAAGGAAGUUGCAAGAGAAUUGAAUGAGAUGAAAGAAGAAAUACGAAACUCGUUAAGGGAGUUUAAGGAAGAUUCGAAGAAAGGAACAAGAGAGGAAGUUGCAAGAGAAUUGAAUGAGAUGAAAGAAAUACGAAACUCGUUAAGGGAAGAUUCGAAGGAAGUUGCAAGAGAAUUGAAAGAGAUGAAAGAAGAAAUACGAAACUCGUUAAGGGAGUUUAAGGAAAAUUUGAAGAAAGAAGCAAGAGAGGAAGUUGUAAGAAAAUUGAAUGAUAGUGAUAGUGAAAAGAAUAACGAGAAUGUCGAUGGUGAUGCUAAUGAUAAUGAAAAAAAUAAUGACGAUGAUAAUGAAAAAAAUAAUGACGAUGAUAAUGAAAAAAAUAAUGAUAUUAAUGAUGAAAAAAAUAAUGAUAUUGAUAAUGAAAAAAAUAAUGAUAUUGAUAAUGAAAAAAAUAAUGAUAUUGAUGAUGAAAAAAAUAAUGCUAUUGAUAAUGAAAAAAAUAAAAAUAGUGAUAAUGAAAAAAAUAAAAAUAGUGAUAAUGAAAAAAAUAAAGAUAGUGAUAAUGAAAAAAGUAAUAUUAGUGAUAAUGAAAUGAAUAUUGAUAGUGAUCACGAAAAGAACAUUGAUAGUGGUCACGAAAAGAAUAGUGAUAGUGAUAGUGAAACGAACAGUGAUAGUGAUAGUGAAACGAACAGUGAUAGUGAUAGUGAAACGAACAGUGAUAGUGAUAAUGAAAUGAAUAAUGAUGACAAUGAUACAGAGGAAUCAGACUCAUCAUCCUCAGAUGAUGAUUUGUCUUCAGGC